AUGACUGUGUCGACUAGUAACACUACAUUACAUGAGCGCUCAUCAAAGAGCUUUAAUCGGACACCAAAUGGAUUAAUAUUUACUGACAAUUUAAAGGUUGUAUAUUCAAUCUUUCUGAUAUGCUUAGAUUUGAAAGAGAAUCCAAAUGAACAUAAGAAAUUCUUCAAUUUCUCAAAGAGCUACCCUUUUUCUUUUUCACUUCAAGAUGCUGUCCAAAAGAUGAAUAAGUUAGAAUUACAAGUUGAUAUGAAUGCGACAUCGAUUAGUAUUUCAUACUCUAUUAAACCAGAACUGGCUAAUUAUUUAAUAAAGAUAUUCAUGGAAGCAAAAUUACUACAUACCCCUGCUGAUAGAACAAGAAAUGAGCCAAAAAACAAAGUUUUACUACAACCUACCCCUAAGGGUAUAGCAAUUUUACAGAAAUAUAUCAGAGAUAUAGGCCUUAAAAAGAUUCCAAAAAUAUUAUUAUCAAACUUUAAUUCGAUGCAACUUUUCACAUUUGAAAGAAGUUCAAUCACUGACUCAAUUGUUCAUAGUGAUUAUCUAAUACAUAUUCUAUUUAUUAAAGUGAUGGGCCCUACUCCAAAUAUUUGGCUACCUACCAAUUCUUCAGAUUCGUUGCCAAAAUUAUCAGAAUUAUUGGAAUACAAUAAUGAAUCAUUUAGCUUUGAAAAUAUGGAUUAUAACAGUCAUUUUGGCUUCCAAGGUGAUAUAUCUAAUAGAAAAUCUGAAUUAUCGUGGUAUGAUCAAUUGGCUGAUGUUGAUAUUAACGAUAGUACUAGAGUAUCUCCAUAUGCUCAUAAAUUUUUUACCAACCCUGAUUCAGAUUCUCAUGUUCAGUAUUAUGUGUCAAAUAAAGGUGUUCGGUUAUUCCAGGCAAAAAGCUUUGGGAGAAACAAAACUAUCAUAGACUACUGUUUUACUACUAAAGCAUUAUGGCAAUGGUUAAUGGAUUGUACCGAUAUUAUCUAUCCAAAAGAAGCAGUAUCCGUUGCAGCACUUUUCCUUAAAAAGGGCUUAAUUGUACCAAUUUUAUUACCCCCAUCAGAAAAUUCAAAGAGAAAAUUUCAUAUAAGCAGGUCUUCAUACUAUACUUUAAGUAAAAUUGGAUGGGAAAUUGUACAAUGGAAUACAGAAUCUGGAAUUAAAAAAGCAUUAGGGAAGUUUACUAAAAAAUCAGUAGUUACGCCAAACUCCGAGCAUAUUGAUAUAACCUUUGGAAAAAUGAGUGUUGCCGAUGAUAAACAUUCAUUAGACGGUAGUUUUGAUAAUGACAGUGAUAAUUUAGAGAAUAACCACCAAUUUGAUUCUAAAUUCAAUACUCUUGAUGAUAUUUUAAGAGAUCCUGGGAUGAGAUUUUUAUUCAGGAGAUUUUUAGAAAAAGAACUAUGUGUCGAAAACUUAGAUGCUCAUAUUGAAAUCAAAAAAUUUCUGAAGAAAAUGACACAAUUGAAGAAGUUACUUGAAUCAAGGACUUCAAAUUCCAACUGGCCAAAUAAACAACGUUCAUUAAAUAACAGCAUCCAGAAAACUAUUGACAGUGCUCUCACUAAACUUGCCAAUGAAUGUUUAGAAAUGACAUACCAUAUUUAUUCAACAUACAUAAUGAUAGGUGCGCCUUAUCAGUUAAACAUUGACCAUGUUCUAAGAGAAUCAAUUACAGCUAUAAUGUUAAACCCACAAUCACCAUUAUCGAAAUCAUUUAAUGCAGAUUUUGGUAGUACAACUUCAUUAAAUGAUACCAAUACGGAUAAAAUUGAAGAACACUUAGUGCUGGGACAGGUUAAUUUGGAAAAACCCGAACCAGCUGUUUAUAAGGCAUUUAAUGGUAGAUCAUCAUCUUCUUCAUCAUUCCGUGACUAUAAACCUAGUUCAUUGAGCUUAAAUAUUAAAUCAAAUGGCGAACCAUUGACUGAGCUCAAAGGUAAUACUUUCAUAGUUCCUGAAAACGAUGAACUUUCAACUACUUUAAACAUAUUGAAGAAUCUAUUUCCCUUGUUUGAUGGUGUUAGUGAAAAGAUGUUUAAAUUAAUGAAAAUUGAUUCUUUACCAAAGUUCUUGAAGUCUGAUGUUUAUUCAGAAGCAUUAGCAUCAAAUGCCUUUCAUGAUAAAGAUCCGGUAAAGUAA